CAUGCCUGGGUGUGGUGGGAGUCUGAGAUGGAGUCUCCCAGUGAGUCAGAGAAGAACAGUGACUUCCAGUCUCUUCUCAGCUGGGAUUCAAGCUUGGAUCUGGACGUGGGGACCUGGAGGAAUACUGAAGAGGUGGCCAUGGGGAAGCUAGAUGAGAGCAGCCGAGAGGCAGACCAUGAGCUGGAGCUCAGUGAGGCUCUCUGGGAAAAUGAUAGUGAAGACUACCAAAAGGCAGAGAGCCCAUGUGAAGACAACAGGCUUCUCCAGUUCUUCUCAGAGGACAAAACUCAAGAGACACCUGGAGAACAAGGUUUAGGUGAGCUGCAUCCACAUGAGAUGAAUAAUUGGGCCCAGGAUCAAGAUGAUAGUGAUGGUACCUCCACAGCCCCGGUGCUGGACUCCACAAGCCCUGCCAACACACAGCUGGUGCAGCUGAGCUGGGAUAACCCCCUGCAGCAUUUGCUCUUCAAAAGAACUCUGUUGUCCAUCUGGAAGAUGAUAGUCAGUCACAGAUACAGCGGCCUGUUCCUGAAGGCAGUGUCAGAGAAACAAGCCCCUGGAUACAGGGAUGUGGUAAAGAGACCCAUGGAUUUAACCAGCAUAAAGAGAAGACUGUCAAAGGGACACAUUCAGUCCAUGGUCCAGUUCCAGCGUGACCUCAUGCUGAUGUUCCAGAACGCGGUGAUGUACAACAGCUUCAACCACCACGUGCACCGCAUGGCCAUGGAGAUGCAGCGAGAGGUCCUGGAGCAGCUGCAGAUGUUGGGUGAAGCCCUCCUGUGCUCAAGGGACAGGCUGGAGUUGGGGAGAAGGUAACAAGCCAUGUCUGAGGCCUCUUUCUUUUGGAGUGGUGUUGUCUCCCUGGCUCAAGAGGUCUGCUGGGGCUCAGGGGAUGUGCUGACACUGCAGCCAUGGCCUCGGACAGGCCUCGUUAUCCCCCCGUGGUGCCUGUCAGGCUGAUGGGAUAAGGAACAAAGCUGUUUCUAGGAGGGACACCAGAAAGAAAACCUCCUUUCUUCCCUGGGGAAAGCCGCAACGAAGCCCUGCAGUGAGAACACACUUGCAGCGUCACCGUCUGGGGGUUCGGAUGGGGCUGAUCGUUGUCCCUGUGUCACCUCGGGCAGCCCCACCGCGCUCCGGUCUCCACCCGCGGAGGAGGCCAACCGCACCCCAGUAAAGGCCCGUGUUGAAAGCC